AGCCAACAUUAUUAAAAAAAAACGGAAACGUCGACGUAUGGUUGUAUCGAAGUUUAUUUUAUUACAUUUUUGUGUUUUUGGCUAAUUUUCUUCAAGUAUCCGUGCCUGUUGUUAAAUUUUGAGUUUGUGCAAUUGCGUAAAACAUGGGGCUGACGAUAUCCAGUGUAUUUACUAGGCUUUUCGGCAAGAAACAAAUGCGUAUUCUCAUGGUUGGGCUCGACGCCGCCGGGAAAACUACCAUACUUUAUAAGCUGAAGUUGGGCGAGAUAGUGACCACAAUUCCUACGAUUGGUUUCAACGUGGAGACCGUAGAGUACAAAAACAUUAGUUUCACGGUGUGGGACGUCGGCGGUCAGGACAAGAUCAGGCCGCUGUGGCGCCACUACUACCAGAACACCCAAGGACUGAUUUUCGUUGUGGACUCUAGCGAUACAAAGAGAAUAGCGGAGGCUGAAAAUGAACUCGCAAAUAUGUUAAAGGAAGAUGAACUGAGAGAUGCGGUGAUCUUAGUGUUUGCAAACAAACAGGACAUGCCAAAUGCUAUGACUGCAGCUGAGCUAACAAAUGCACUCAACUUGAAUAACCUGAGGAACCGCCGUUGGUACAUCCAAGCAACCUGUGCGACGCAAGGUCAGGGACUCUACGAAGGCUUAGACUGGCUUUCAAACGAACUGGCUAAGAAGUGAGACACAACAUAAUACUACAGUCACAGGGAACAAAAACAAAUUAGGUACAUUCCCAACAUGACUGAAUCUUCCGUAAUGUGAAUGUUAUUCAAUCUAUAUUGAAUCCAAAAAGACUAUAAAACAUUUGUUUUUUAUAUUGUCAAUAAUGUAAGCUUGCUUCAAAAUUGUAAUUUUCAAUAUUAACAUGCAUGAAAUUAAAUCUUUCUUCCAAGAAUUAAAAUAAUAUUUGAUAAAGAUAAUUGAGUUAUCUGUUUGUGAUUAUACCUAAUUUGCUGUCAGUUUUGAAGCAAACUUACUUACGGUGUUUAAUAUAUUUAUUACACCAGGCCUUUUUCACAAUAGCUUCGCCCCAAAUUCAAUGUUUUUCUAGAUGACUAGUACAUAUUCAGUGAUUGUGACAAAGGCCUCCGAUAACGUCUUGCAGUUAUGGGUAAUUAAAGUCAUUGAAUGAAGUGGUCAGUGAACUUUUAAAUUAUAAUAAGAUUUUUUUUCCAUAACGUUAAUUUCUGUAUUCACACAGUUGUAAUUUGUUUUAUUAGCACAUUUUAUAUUAUUAAUCUAAUCAAUAUUAUUUAUGUCCUGUUGAUUUCUGGUAAUAGUAGGGAUAACUUCAGUCCUGUGUUUUCAUUAAUUAUAGACUAUUAAAUUAUAAUAAAGUAUAAAUAAUCAUUCACGUGCCUAUAUAGAGAGGAAUUGCGACCAUUCUCUCCUUUUGUACUUUUAGACACAUUUUCUGUAAACUUGUCAAAAUAGCAUGCUUUUUUAGAUCAAUGCAAUAGUGACAAUAAAUUGAUAGUUCAAUGAUCCCCAAAUAUGUCUAUGAUAAAUAAUUCCAUUGCUAUAACGCUAGCUAGAUGUAUUUAUCUUUAAAUGUUUAAAAAUUAUUAAGUAUAAGUUUUAUUAAUACGCAUUUUUACUUGUGAAAUCCAAGGUAUGAAAAUAUAAGCACAAUUCCGUAACUUAACAGAUAAUUAAAACCAGCGUAAUAUGUACCCGUAAGUGUCAUUGAUCUAAUAAUGUACAUAAUGUAAAAUGUAUUGGCCAAAAAUGUCUUAACUAUGUUGUAUGAUGUGAUGUCAUUGCUUCUAACUUGUAUUUCAUGCUUUGAAGAUGCGUUGAAGGUUAUUAAUGAAUAGUGGCAAAUAAAGUUAGGUGUAAAUAAAA